GAGGAGACUAUACUUGAAUAUCUUUGCAUUAUAAAUUGUAGUAAUUGCAUGCCUUGAAGGAAGCAACCUUCUCCUUCUUCUUCAUUCAAAUAUCCCCUUGUUUAUAUAGAACGCUAAAGUUGAUGACGCUGAUCUCAUCAUCUCUGUUAUUUCACAAGAUCAAGCUACUCAUCAGCUCGAUUUUAUUUUUCUCCAUUGCCAUAAAAGUAACCUGCGGAUUGAUCAACGAAACGGAUCGAUCAGCAUUGCUUUCAUUCAAGGAACUUAUAGAUGACGAUCCGCUUGGCUCAUUAAGCUCCUGGAACAAUUCUCUCGAUCUCUGCAAAUGGAACGGAGUAAUGUGCAGUCGCAAGCAUCGGAGAGUAGUGGUUCUAGACUUGAGGGGAAAAAGUCUAAGCGGAAUCUUGUCACCUUUCUUGGGAAACCUCUCUUUCCUCAUAUCCAUUUACCUCCCGGGUAACAGAUUCCAAGGGAAAAUCCCCCUGGAGCUCAGCCGCUUGUUCAAGCUGCGACAUCUAAAUUUCAGUGACAAUUCUCUCCAAGGGGAAAUUCCAACCAAUUUGUCAAACUCCCUCGGUGUCAUUGCUUUACGGAGUAAUAAUCUAGUCGGAAAAAUUCCAGCCUCGUUUGAUUCUCUCUCCAUGCUCACUUCUCUUGACCUUUCCUCCAACAACCUCAUCGAAGGGAUUCCACCAUCUGUCGGUAACCUCUCUCUCCUCCAACUACUACGAUUGCAUCAGAAUAGCAUCACAGGAACUAUUCCACAUUCCAUCGGUCAGCUUCCCAACCUUCAGCUAUUUAGCGUUGGAGAGAAUAAAUUGUCAGGUAUUGUCCCUGCUUCACUUUACAAUAUCUCCACUCUCACGCAUCUAAUCACUGCAGAUAACCAACUUACCGGCAGUUUACCCAAAGAUAUUGGCCUUACACUCCCCAACCUGCAACAUUUAACCAUGGCAGAAAACCAAUUACGGGGACCCAUUCCAGCUUCUCUUUCUAAUGCUUCUAGAAUGGAAUACCUUGGCCUAUCGGUUAACAACCUUUCGGGGGGAGUUCCCUUUGACCUAGGGAGAAAGAUGAAGAAUCUUUUCCAUCUAAAUCUGGGUAAAAACAAUUUAGGUUCUGGGGAUGCUGGUGACUUGACCUUCAUCGAUUCGUUAACUAACUGUAGCAAGCUACAAGGAUUGGGUUUCGAUGGAAAUGGUUUUGGUGGCGUUUUACCCACAACCAUAGUCAAUCUCUCAAGUCACCUCAAUGUGUUAGCAGUAGGACGAAACCAGCUCGUUGGAAGCAUACCCGCGGGAAUUUCCAACUUCAUCAAUUUAGAUGCGUUGGGUUUGGAAGCAAACCUUUUUUCAGGUGUCAUUCCCUUUGAAAUAGGAAAGCUUAGAAACCUCAAACGAGUAACUUUCAGUAUAAACAAAUUGUCUGGUCCCAUCCCAGAAAGCAUUGGAAAUCUCACUCAAAUAUUUGACAUAUACUUGGAUCAGAACAACUUGAACGGAACCAUUCCUUCAAGUAUUGAAAACAUCAUGGGCUUGCAAUCCUUGGAUCUCUCAUAUAAUUUCUUAACUGGACCCAUACCCAAAACAGUAGGCCUUUUCUCCACUUUAACCUUCAUGUACUUGGCUCAUAAUGCUUUUAUCGGUGUCCUGCCACUCGAAAUCGAGAAAUUGAACAAUCUCCAGGAACUAGAUGUUUCAGAGAACAAGUUGUCUGGACAUAUUCCUAAUACUCUGGGAAAUUGCUUAAAAUUGGAGGGCCUUUUUCUAGAGGGUAACACGUUCCAGGGUAGUAUUCCUCCAUCUUUUAGCUCAUUGAGAGGAAUUCAAAGACUGGAUCUUUCACGCAAUAACUUGUGCGGACAAAUUCCAGAAGAUCUAGCUGCCCUCGUUCUUUUAAAGAAUCUAAACUUGUCCUUUGACAACUUGGCUGGUGAGGUGCCCUUGCAAGGUGUCUUUGGAAACUUGAGUACGAUUUCACUUAUUGGAAACAAAGGGCUUUGUGGAGGCAUUGCAGAAAUGCGUUUACCUGCUUGCCCGAUGUCCAAGAAGAAGCGGAAUCGCUUUGUCAAAAUUAUUGUUCCAAUAGCUUGCGUGAUCCUGUGUCUUUCACUGGUUGUACUUUUUGUUGUCUUUCUUAAGAAAAGAGAACAGAAAAACAAAUCUCUCACCCAACCAGUCAUAGGAGACGAUUACUUGAGAGUUUCAUACGAUCAGCUUGUUAAAGCUACUAGUGGAUUCUCUCCAUCAAACUUAAUUGGAGCUGGAAGUUUUGGCACCGUGUACAAAGGAAUUCUCCAUGAAGGUGAUAAAGCAAUUGCAGUCAAGGUGCUCAAUCUUGAACAAAGAGGAGCUUCCAAGAGCUUCGUGGCUGAAUGUGAAGCUUUGAGGAGAACAAGGCACAAAAAUCUUCUAAAGAUUAUAACAGUGUGUUCAAGUAUAAACCAUGCAGGUGAUGAUUUUAAAGCACUAGUUUUUGAGUACAUGCCCAAUGGAAGUUUAGAGAAGUGGUUGCAUCCAGGAGAAGAUACGCCACAACAAGAAUGGAACUUAAGCCUUUCCCAAAGGUUAAAUAUAGCAAUCGAUGUUGCAUGUGCCUUAGAAUACCUUCAUCACCGUUGUGAAACUCCAAUUGUUCACUGUGAUCUAAAGCCAAGCAAUGUUCUCAUCGAUGAAGACAUGAUUGCCCAUGUGGGAGAUUUUGGGCUGGCCAAGUUCCUCACCAUCAACAACGAUAACAAUGAUGGUGGGCAAACAAAUUCACUUGCAAUCAAAGGUUCUAUAGGAUAUGUUGCUCCAGAAUAUGGAAUUGGAGGAAGGACAUCUACAGAAGGAGAUGUUUAUAGCUAUGGGAUUUUGUUAUUGGAAAUGCUAACAGGAAGAAGACCGACCGAUGAAUUGUUUGCAAUAAGGCAAAACCUUCAUGAAUUUUGCAAGGUGACAUUGUCAGAGAGAGUGAUGGAGAUUGUUGAUCGGCGCAUGCUGUUAGAAGAACCUACUGAAGCUACAAACGAUGCUAAGAACGAAAUAGCUAGACGAGCCAAAAUAAGAGAAUGCCUAGUUUCCCUUAUGAGGAUUGGAAUUUCAUGUUCUGCAGAAUCGCCUGGCGAAAGGAUGAACGUCAAGGAUGUGAUCAUAGGAUUAAUGACAAUAAAGGAAGUCUUUCUUGGAGUAGGUAUUCAUGGUAGGAGACAACUACGGAUGUGACUCACUGGUGAAGGAACGUCUCGAGAAUAGCUACUAAGAGUGCCAC